AUGGAAGUAUUAUCGAAAAGCAAUUUGCCACUUGAUGCAUUCGUAACAGAAAUUUUUGAAUUAUAUUAUGUUACAUAUUAUGUUACUCAUCAAGCUUGCAACAAAGGCCAACCUCAGGAAGUGUUUCAUUCGCUUGAAAAUCUUUUCAAUGAAAUUAGUUACAAUGCUGCGCCUCCAUUCCCAUUCGAUCCAUAUCAAUCAUCUUCGAACAAUUACCCAAUCUAUGACCAAAGCAGUUUUACACUACGUCCACAAACAAAUUUUGCAUCACAGUCUGUGCACACUGGACCGGAAUGUCCUCCUUUUUGUGAUACUUUUUAUGGAACAUUCAGUUGUUCUGAUCCUGCAGUCAGGUACAACGAAAUGUCGUUAAAAGAAGAAAGUGGCUCACUCGAAUUGCCAAAAAAUGGCAAAAAGUCGUUUAAAGAGGAAAUUAGCGAACAGACUGAUGUUGACGACGAUGAAGAUGACGAUGAACGGAUCGGCGAUAAAAAUGAUGGACAAAAGGAGAAAAAAAAACGGAGGAAAAGACGAGUUCUAUUCACGAAGGCACAAACCUUCGAGCUCGAACGAAGAUUUUGCACACAGCGAUAUCUUUCAGCUCCUGAAAGAGAACAGCUCGCUAUGCAGAUACGCUUGACUCCUACUCAAGUAAAGAUAUGGUUCCAAAACCACAGAUAUAAGACAAAAAAGUCACUGCAAGACAAAGGUAUUCACUCGAAUCUCCUUCAUAGCACAACCUCAUCUAAUUCUUCCAGUUUAUCAACAGCGAGACGAAUUCCUGUACAAAUGUUGGUUUGCGAUGGUAAACCAUGCCCAUCGGAAUUCAUUGGCGCAUGCCAAACGCAUAACACAAUUCAGAAUUCAUUUGCAUGCAAUGGAACUUAUUUUUCUCAUACUGCGACAUUUCCCAGUAGUACUCAAUAUUAUAUGCAUAAUGGUUGGAGUUGGUAA